AUGCUCAAGACUGGCACACCUAUUAUUCCUAUUUUCUACCACGUUCAACGUGCUCAUCUCCGCCAUUUGAAAGGAAACUACGAAUCUUCGUUUACGGAGUAUCAAGAGAAGGGUAGAUAUGUAGACAAGUUUGAGGAGUGGAAGAAGGCACUCUACAAUGUGUCAUUUUAUGAGGGCGAAAUCGUCAAUGAUAAUGAGUACGCAACACAACUCUCUUCUGUACGUUUCUUAUUAGAGGAGCAAAAGCAAAAGCAAAGGGUGUUGAAGAAUAUUGUGAAUCGUGUAUUGAAAAUAAUGAAAAGAGGACCAUUAGAGGUUGCAACACAUCCUGUGGGUCUUAAAGAAGCCGUAGCAGAAUUUGAAAUGAAAAAUAGCGAAUCUGCAAAAAAUCAUUCUAAUGUUCAGCUUGUAGGAAUUUGGGGUAUGGGUGGAUCUGGGAAGACCACUUUGGCAAAAGAAUUAUAUAAUAAAAAAUGUUCAUCUAUAGAAAAAUCUAGUUUUGUUUUUGAUGUUAGAACUGCUGCAAGCAAAAACGAAUUGCACAUAAAGCAGAGACAACUCCUUGAAGAUUUUGGGUUUAAAUUUAGUGAUCAACCAUUUGACAAUAUAGAGCAGGGUAAGAUGAUUCUCUCUAAUUAUUUGACAUCUCUUCCUGUAUUUAUCAUUUUGGAUGACGUGGAUCAUAGGGAUCAACUAGAAAUUCUAUUGCCGGGAAAGGCUAGCCUUGCUUCUGGGAGUUUGAUCAUUGUCACAACACGGGACAAGGAAGUUCUCAAGGUUUGUGGCAUCUCUUGCAUUUACGUAAUGAAAUCAAUGAAUCAGUCUCAUGCCAAGCAGCGUUUUUGUUGGCAUGCAUUCCUGAAAUCUUCUCCAUUGUCGGGGUUUGAAGAUUUGGUUGAAAAAUUUGUAUGUGCUAGCAAUGGGUUACCCUUGUCUUUAAAGGUGCUUGGAGGUCAGCUUCAUGGUUGGUCUAAUAAAGAUUUGUGGGAGGAUGUAUUACAUAAGAUUUCUAGAAUAUUGCCAGAUGACAUUAUAAAUAGGUUGAGAGUGAGGUAUGAUGCUUUAGAUAAAGAAGAGCAACAAAUGUUCUUAGAUGUAGCUUGUUUUUUCAUUGGCAAAAACAAGACAAUUGCUAUCUCAGUUUGGGAAGGAUCAGGUUGGAGUGGUCUGUGGGGUUGGGAGAGGCUUGUGAAUAAGUGUCUUGUUGAAGUUAUUCAUAAGAACGAGAUAAGAAUGCAUGACCACCUAAGAGAUUUAGGUAGGGAAAUUGCAAGAACUCUUGUACCUCAUCGUCUAUGGUCUCCUAAUCAACUUACAUUGAUUAUCAAACAAGAGGAAAUAAGAGGAAUGAUAUUGAACCCAGCAAAUAAUGACGUUCACAACUUUCCUAAUUCCUUUUUGAAUACAAGCAUAUGGCUUCGUGGCUUCAAAAUGAUUAGAAGAGCUUUCCCUUACGGAUUAAAAAUUCUUGUGAUAGAAGAAAACUCUGGGAACAAUUUGCACAUUGCCAAAUUAUCAAGAGAGUUGGCAUGGCUAAGCUGCACCAGAAUUACUCAUAGAAAUCAUCCAUCAUGGCUCCGGUUGAAAAAUUUAAGAGUUUUAGAACUUUAUGAUUGCCCUGAGAUAGUUGGCUUGUGGAAGGAUGGAGUGGAGAGAUGUGAGCAUCUCACCUUACAAUCAGACAUCUUGGAAAACAUGACAAAGCUACAGUACUUGAAUCUUAAUCAGUGCACGCAAUUGGAGGAGUUGCCUCGUCAUAUCACAAAUCAGGUCUCUUUGAGUGAGCUCUAUUUAGAGGGGACGAGGUUAAGGGGGCUCCCAAUUAACAUCGGUCAACUCAGCAAGUUGAGAGUGAUGGAGAUAUGUCCAGAUAAAGGGUGUUUCCACGUACAGUCAUUUCCAGACUCUAUGGGGAGCCUUACUCUUUUAGAGCAAUUGUCAUUAAGGAAUUUAAAAGUUCUCUCUUUACCAAAAUCAUUGAAGCAGUUGAUUAAUCUUUGGACUCUGAAAAUAGUUAAUUGCCCAAUGGGCGAAUUGGAUUUUGGGCAGACAUUUUUGGGGAACAAUCUCAAGAAAAUAGAGCUGGGGGAGACAAGUGUGUCAAAGAUUACAAUUUCUAAAGACUGUUGUCCCCACCUUAAAAUUCUCACACUCUAUUGUAACAACUAUUUAACGGAGGUCAACACUCUACCAACAACAGUGGAGGAUAUCUUGAUCGAGAAUUGUAGAUUGCUAAGGAAAAUAAGUGGUAUUGGUGGCAUAGUAAGCCUUCAAUACCUGUGGCUAAGAUACUGUCCAAAUUUGGAAAAACUUCCAAGGUUUGAUAAAUUGGUUUCGCUGAAAGUUUUUAGACUAGGUGGUCGCAACAAAGUUGAGACAAUACAAGGUUUACAACACUGCACAUCAUUGGAGAGGCUUGAGAUAGAUGGUGGUAAAUGUUGGGAGGUGUCGGACAUAGAAAGCUGGGAGAACGUGCAAAGACUGACAAGUGUUCAACUCAUAGCAAAGAAGAAAUCAGCUGUGUUGCCUUGCAUUCAAACAAUUCAGAAAUGGCCGGAAGAUAUAACAAUAUUUACAAAGGCGGUUGCUGGUGCGGGGUCAUUUUUGAGCUCUCAAGCCUUUCCUAAACUCUCUGUCGUCCACUCCUUUGCUAAUGAAGAAAUUAUCAGCUAUAACAAGAAUAUUGAGUUUGAGCUCUUGAACCAUCCCUCUGAUGGCAAUGCAAUGAUGCUAUGUUUGGUAAUAAAACGCAAUUCAUUUAUGCGAUUGAAUAUUAGUUGGCGCAAUGAUAGGAAUAUUAGUGCGUUCAGAGGUUGGGAUAUGGAAGAGGGUAAAUGGACAUGGAUAGGUGUUUUCACCCAACAUUCUGAAUGCCUCGCUGCACGGAAAUGGUGCAUAUAUGGCAGCAUUAUGUACGGGGAAUGUGAGGUGGAGAAAGGAAUGGUGGUGAGGGGCGAUGAAGAGAGCGUGGUCAAAGGUUUCCACCGCUUGCUCACACUUCUAGCCUGUUGA